AUGAUGCCAUCUCCAGAUAAGAUUUUUGCGCCUGUUAACUUUUUCCUGGAUGACAUGUCAGCCAACAAAAGUCGUCGAUGGAAACCACUGCAUGUCAUCCAGGCCCAGUCUGCGAUAGUCCCAGUCAACUUACGAUCAAAAUUAGACUUCGUCAGAUUCAUUUCUGCUUCGGAGAGGGUUCCGAUUUUAGAUUUGAUGAAGGUAAUCAAGGAGCAUAUCGAUACAAUCAAAGAGAGUGGAAUUGAAGUUUUCGAUGCUGCUACGAAGUCUGCGAAAUUAGUGAUGACCGAAACCUGCUGUGGCAUUGCCGACUUCACUGAACUUCAGGCGGUUUGUUGUCAUUUGGGACCAAAUACACAUAAAUUCUGCCCAAGAUGCCAUGCAACAGCCAAAGACUUUGGGCAAAAGAGCGUGAUGCGCUCCGUGGAGGAAACACGAACAACCUUGUCGAGAAUGAGCAUUAGAACAAAUAAUCAAGAGCUCCGAAAACAAACUGGCAUAAAGGAAGGACCAGGAAAUCUUGUUAUGGAUAUGCUCAACCCACACGAGUAUGCGGAAUUCCAAAUAUGUUUUAAUACACUAUACAUUAUACAACUUUUGAUGUCAUCAAAGGUUGAAAUAUUAUCAUGUUGGGACAUUCCAGUUACAAUCCUGCCUUGGAUUUAUUUAGGCCUUGGAAAGCACCUACUCAAAUUCUGCAUUAACAAACUGGAUGACAAAAAGAAAGAAAAACUUGUACUCCACCUACGCUCGAUUGACCAGAGUGACGUUUCAGUCGCUUUUACAUCAGAUAUCACGAAGUAUCUCGAUUCAAGACAGGGAAAAGAUAUCAAACAAUAUCUUCAACUUGCUCUGUUUAACUUCGAUUAUGCCGGGUUGGAGCCAAGGUUCUUGAAAAUGCUUUGCAAACUUGCUACAAUUUCAAAAACCAUAGAUGAAACAAAAAUAUACACAACAGACAGUAUCAUCAAUCUGCAAGAAGAACUUAAUGGAUACUUGAAACAAGUGCGGGAAAAUGCGCCUCAUCUGGGAAAAAAGAUUGAUGACAUAAGAAACCACGGACCUCCAAAGGCAUACCGGAAGGAUCAGUUUGAAAAACUUCAUUGCAAUAUAAGAAAGAUCUUAUUCAAUCAGAAUCAAUUGGCCCGAAGCAGAGACACCGUCCGUCAAAUUGCCGACUGCCAAAUACUGCAACAUAUACUUGAUGGGGGCUAUUUCAAGAAUGGGGGAGAAUGGGUUAGCUGUGGCAGCAAUGUCAGGGCCAUUGGAGAAUCGUCCAUGGUCAAAAAAUUCCUUGGGUACCCUCAGGAACAACAAAUGAACAAUGUUCCAAUGCUUCGAAAACUGAAAAAAGUGAACAAUGGUGCGAUAGGAGAAGAAAAUGUAUUAGAAGCAAGUGCUUGCCGUGCAAUGUCGGGCGAGAUAGCAAAUGUUGGAAAUGCUGUGUUGUAUGAAAAUGAACAUGGAAUGGAAUGUUUCGGCAUAUUCAUGGGCGGCAAAAAAAUAUGUUUGCACCAAGAAAUCACGAUACAGAAAUUGAUGCCGAUGAGACAAAAAAGACUUGGUUGCGAACUGGUAGCAAAAUCAGCUGCCGACAGCAUUUGCACACGGCCAUCAAAGUUGAUACGGAAAAUAUCGGUGCUCCAUGAAUGCCAAGGUGGACAUUGUGUGGUAAUGGAGAAGAAGGUUAGCAGGAAGGUUGAGCAGAAAAGUGCAAAUGUCUUACAAAAGCUUUUGAAACACAAUGAAGACCACAAUGUCUGGAUUGUUAAUAAAUUCAGACUAAAUCGUUUUAAUGCUUGUUGA